AUGCGCGGCGUGUCGGAUUUCUGCAUUUCAGCUGUUGGUGAGCCGCCGUUCAUCGACAACAGCGAUGGGUAUUGGAUUAUGAUGCCAUACAUGAACGGUGGGGAGCUUCACGAUUUCCUGGAAAAGUGCCGCAGAAAUCGCGGGUGCAUCAACGGGGACGCAGAAG